AUGAAAGAUCUAGGUACAGCGUCAUCGGUUUUGGGUAUGCGUAUAGCACAAAAUCUCAAAGAAGGAACUCUAAAGAUCGAUCAAUCUUCCUACAUUCCCGAUAUAAUUCGACGUUUUGGAAUGGAUGAAUGCAAUCCUUCUUUUAUAUUAGGUUUACCUUUUACGCACUUGGCAAGUCCAAUGCCGGAAUUUUACCGCAAGAAAAAGCCAAUGCCUCGUGGUGUAGCCAACCGCCGGGCAGCAAUACAAUGGUUACGACAGCGAAAUAUCUCAAACGGAAUUCUCUACUUUGGUGAUGAUGACAAUACAUAUGAUUUAAAGCUAUUCUCUGAAAUAAGAUAUACCCAACGGGUUUCGAUGUUUCCUGUGGGACUAAUUGAAGAGUACUCCGUAAGUGGACCAGUUGUACGAAAGGGGAAAGUGGUUGGAUUUCUAGAUUCAUGGGUAGCAGAAAGGCGUUGGCCAGUGGAUAUGGCCGGAUUUGCAACGAAUUUGGCAUAUAUGGCUGAGUAUCCAAACGCUAGCAUGCCUUAUAAACCGGGCUAUGAAGAGGACCUUUUUCUACGUAGUAUCCGGUUAAAUUUAAAUAUAAUUGAACCUAAAGCAAAUAACUGUACAGAAAUAUUAGUUUGGCAUACACAAACGAAGAAUCGUGCGCGAACUACUCUACGUAUUAGCAACAAAUAUCUGGACGAUCGGUCAAAUCUUGGUACACUCAUAAAAUCAUUGGAUGUAAUGGGGAUUGCGAACUCUUCUGAUAACGAAGGACGAAGGGCUGUUAUUAGUAAAAAUGGAAAAGCUAAACCGUUAAGCUAUUUUUUAAGUUGAAAUUAAAAAAUAUGUAUUAUAUAUAGUACGAUUUGCAAUUUGUUCUUGUAUAAAAACAAGAAAAGUCUCUGGGCAACAAGCUUGCUAUAGUUUUUUGUGACUUGUUACAUGGGGCAUCAUUUUGAUUAUCUAUUAUGCAACGUUCCAAUAAUCCUCACAAAAACUGUGAGCUAUUAAUAUCGUAUACAAUAUUUCUUUUCGCCCAACAUAGCAUCACUCACAAUGCUAUAUCUUAAGAAUUGUGUAGAAUGUAACCAAAACACUAUAAUAUGUUAAAAACGGCGUUUGCAAAUAAAGCUGAACAGCAUUUUUAUCUUA